AUGGAGGGUCAUGCAUUUGCAAUGCGAUUGACUGAUAAUGAAUUUCGUUUGGUGGCUGAUUUAUCAGCAAAGAAUGUGAAACCGCAUGAUAUUUUAUCAACGUUGAAAGAGCAAAAUCCGGAAAAUGUGUCUACACUCCAAACAAUAUACAAUGCUAAAACGAAAAUACGGAAGAAUGAGCACGAAGGUAUGACCCAAAUGCAAGGUCUUUUGUCAUCUUUGAAGAAAGGAGGUUAUAUUUAUUAUUAUCGUACAAAUAAUUUGUCUAACGAGUUGGAAGAUUUAUUCUUUAUUCAUCCGAGAUCAUUGGAGAUAUGGCAAGCAUUUCCACAAGUGAUGUUGAUGGAUGCAACUUACAAAACGAACAAGUAUAAGAUGCCUUUUCUUGAAGUUGUCGGCGUAACUUCAACUCGGCUAACAUUUUGCAUUGCAUUUGUAUUUACGCAAGAAGAAAAAGAAUUCAAUUACACGUGGGCGUUAAAUUGUUUAAAGUCGACAAUGGGUGGAUCUCUUUGUCCUCGAGUUAUUGUCACAGAUAGAGAGUUGGCGUUGAUGAAAGCAUGUCACAUUGUAUUUCCAAAUUCUAAGCAAUUACUUUUUUUGUCUCAAACAGAGGAAGCAUAUAACCUUAAUCUGGCACAACUCCAAACAAUAUUGUUUGAAUAUUCAGGUGUUCGUGAUUAUCUUCAUGAUGUGUGGUUGCACAAAUAUAAACACAUGUUCAUAGCCGCUUGGACUGACAAAAUUCUUCAUUAUGGAAAUAACAUAAGUAACAGAGUUGAAAGCCAGCAUGCCAAGCUGAAACUGUACUUGGAUACACCACAAUCUGAUUUAUGGAAAUGUUCAUCUGUUGUUCAUAAUAUCGUUCAGUCACAGGUGACGGCUAUCAAAGCAAGCUUUGAGUAUAGCAAAGGUCGCAUCAACCAUCGGGUAAACAUGAAAAUGUUCGAACUAUUGUGGAAUUAUAUUUCAUUGGAAGCAUUAGACAUGAUCUCUAAUGAAUUCGAACGAUGUAAAAGCGGUGAUUUUUUAGAGAAAACUUACUUUGCAUCCCCCAUAAACAUGGGAGAUGAUGAUGAUAUUCAUUGUGAUGAUGAAGUGAAAAUAAUUACUGAGAACUUUGAAAAGCAACCAAGGUCUAUAAAGCAUAACAUUCUGAGGAAUUUAAGAGAGUUUAUCAACCCAUCAAAAACAUCAGUACCCUCUGUUCAUAAAACUACCCGUGGUCGACCAAGUUUGAAGAAGAAACCUCUCAAAGAUAAUGGAGUUGAUGCGCCAAUCGAAGAUCCCCAUAGACAUAGUUGUUCAAACACAUAUGAACUUGGGUUAAGUUCCACGAAUAUUCAUGAACCACCAAGACAUAGCUCGUAUGCAAACCAACAAAACUAUUCAUAUUCAUAUAUGAAUGAAUUUCGAAAGGUACUACAUCCUUACAUUAAGCAGGUACACAAUGUAGAAGGUGAUGGACAUUGCGGAUUCCGUGCAAUCGCUUCUUGUCUUGGUCUUCAUCAAGAUGAAUGGUACCAAAUUCGAGUUAAUUUAAUGGAAGAGUUAUAA